CGGCGCUCUACCCGGACAUACAUGAGUGCAACUUCCGGUCCGCCAGCAGGUCAUCAUGCGCCCUUUACAGCGGGCACAACGUCUGUUAUUCAUGUUUUCACAACUCGAAUACGCGAGCAAACCUGCAGGUCUAUCGAGUGUUUCCGCUAAUAUACAGAAACACGACGUGCUGGUAAAGAUGGCCAACCCUUACAAGGCGCCGGAGAAAGGUUGUGUCCUCUGCAACGUCACCGUGGACUUCAAGAACGUUCAGCUUCUGUCUCAGUUCGUGUCGCCGCACACGGGAAGGAUUUACGGGCGUCACUUGACAGGACUCUGUGGGCCAAAACAAAGAGCAAUCUCCAAAGCCAUCAAGAAGGCUCACGCUAUGGGUUUCAUGUCGGUGACGCACAAACAUCCCCAACUGAUGAGAGACCCAAACAUCUGUGUCGUCAAACAUCUGGAUUAGCCCCGCCUCCCCCUUCACUCAUUGGCUAUAAAAAUGUCUCACUCCCGA